GGUGAUUAAUGCAGGGAAGAGCCAGCACAACGAGGACCAGGCAUGCUGCGAGGUGGUGUUUGUGGAGAGAAGGCCCAGCCCCAGGGGCCGGCUGCUGUCCAAGGAAGGCUGCGGGGAGCUGGCUGGGGGCAGGAAGGGGUUUUAUUUCCACUAUUGGGCCUUGUUUGAUGGCCAUGCGGGCAGUGGUGCUGCUGUCAUGGCAUCCGAGAGGCUCCAUCUGCACAUCUCUGAGCAGCUCCGGGACCUCGUGGACAUCCUGCAAGAUCCAUCCCCACCUCCCAUCUGCCUCCCACAUGGCCCUGUGGAGUUAAGUCAGGUGCCCUUCACAGAGGAUGAUGGGGAUGUCCCCAGUGAUGCUGUGCCACGGUUUCACCUGGAGAAAGCUGUCUCCCACGAGAGCCUGGUGAUCGGUGCCAUCGAGAAUGCCUUUAAGCACAUGGACGACCAGAUCGAGCAGGAGCAAGUGUCCCAGCGCCUGGCUGGGGGCUGCUGUGCCCUGGCUGCCAUCUACCUCAUGGGCAAGUUCUACGUGGCCAACGCUGGUGACAGCAGGGCCAUUAUCAUCCGUAACGGGGAAAUCAUUCCAAUGUCCAGGGAGUUUACUCCAGAGACAGAGAGGCAGAGGCUGCAGUUUUUACUGCUGGGGCAGGAGUUACCCCACCUCGAGUUCCCCCGCAGGAUCCAACCCAAGGAGCUGGGGAGGAAGAUGCUGUACAGAGACCAGGACAUGAACGGCUGGGCUUACAAAAAGAUAGAAGAGGAUGACCUGAAGUUUCCACUUAUCUAUGGGGAAGGAAAAAAGGCUCGGGUGAUGGCCACGAUUGGAGUGACGCGGGGUCUGGGCGACCAUGACCUCAAGGUGUUCAGCUCCAACAUCCACAUCAAGCCUUUCCUGUCCUGCUUCCCGGAGGUCAGGGUUUACGACCUCACGCAGUACGAGCACUGUCCUGAUGAUGUUCUGGUCCUGGGCACCGAUGGGCUCUGGGACGUCACCAACGACAAGGAGGUGGCUGGUGUUGUGAUGGAGGUGCUGACGAGCUAUGAGCCCAAUGACCCAUGCAGGUACACCAUGGUGGCCCAGGAGCUGGUGGUGCGUUCCAGGGGGGUGCUGAAGGAGCGGGGCUGGCGGCUGGCUAAUGACAAACUGGGCUCUGGCGAUGACAUCUCUGUCUUUGUGAUCCCUCUGGGCGGCCCAGGCAACUACACGUGA